AUGGCCCGCCACACCGACUCAGACCCGCACGAAGGCGGAUCAAUCUUCGACAUGGCCCAACAAGGAACAGCAAUCCCCAACGACGCAGGCCAAAUGCGCACAAUCCCCUCCGUCCCCCGACCCGACCAACACCCCUCAAGCAAACACUUCGACAACGAUGGCCUUGCGAAACCCACAACCGCAACGGCUGCCGACAAUGACACCAACAUGCCGCGCUCAACCCGGGACGUCGGUCAGAGCGGCGAAGUGCUUACCGGUGCGGGCGAUUCUUUGCCGGCGAGCGUUGAGAGCAAGCGUAAUGUUUCCGGGGCGCGGGAUACGAGGGCUCAGACAUCAUCGGCAGAAUCGAAGGGCGUUUGA